AUGCUACCCCUGGGACUACACCCCGUGUAUCUAGCAGGUCUGGUUGUCCUUGGACUUGGCAUUCUGUUUCAUAUCAUUGGCCUGGCAACCCCGGCCUGGUCGGUCUUUGACAACGGCCUCAUCGACAAAACACUAGGUCUCUUUCGUGCUUGUUUGAAUGGGAACUGUUUUAAUUAUGAAGGCACUGGUUUCAUCACUAUCAUCUGCGCUAUCGUCUGGGCUGCCGCUGUCAAGGACGACACCGAUGACAUAGGCUAUUCUUGCGUGCUGAGCAUCAUAGGCGGAAUUCUCAUCAGUGUUGGGGGUUGGGUCCUGUACAUUUCUGUCAGGAGAACUAUUGGAUACGCCAACGUUCCUUAA